AUGGAAGCUAGAUUUGGAAGAAAGGCUCAUCAUUUCUAUGGUCCAGUGAUGUCUGAUUUGAAGGCAGUUGGGAAGAAGAGUAUGGAAUGGGAUUUGAAUGAUUGGAAAUGGGAUGGUGAUCUGUUUACUGCUACUCCACUUAAUUCUGUACCGUCGGAUUGCAGGAGUAAACAGUUAUUUCCAGAUGGGUCUGAGAUUCCAACCAAUACAGGUUUGUCCAACAGUUCAUCAUCUUGUUCGGAUGAAAUCAAUUUGGGAAAUGACAAGGGAAAGAGGGAAUUGGAGAAGCGGAGGAGGGUGGCUGUUGUUGAGGAUGAAGAGUUGAAUGAUGGUGGUGGGUCCCUUAAUUUGAAGCUCGGUGGGCAAGUGUACUCUAUCACAGAAGCCGAGAUGGAAAAAUGGGAGGGGAAGAGUGGGAAGAAGAGCAAAGUUGCUGCUGCAGCUACCUCGAACCGUGCAGUAUGCCAAGUGGACGAUUGUCGAUCUGAUUUGACUAAUGCCAAAGAUUAUCACCGAAGGCACAAGGUUUGUGAUAUGCAUUCCAAGGCCAGUAAAGCAUUGGUGGGAAAUGUUAUGCAGCGGUUCUGUCAGCAGUGUAGCAGGUUUCAUGUUCUUCAAGAGUUUGAUGAAGGAAAGAGAAGUUGUCGUAGGCGUUUGGCAGGCCACAAUAAAAGGAGGAGAAAGACCCACCCCGAAAACGUUGUUAAUGGAGGCUCCUUGAAUGAUGAACAUGGUAGUAGCUAUCUAUUGGUUAGUCUUCUGAGGAUACUUGCCAAUACACAUACCAAUAGCACAGAUCAAACAAAGGAUCAGGAUCUGCUGUCUCAUCUAUUGAGAAACCUUGCUAAUCUUGCUGGAUCAAUUAAUGGGAAUAACAUAUCUGGAUUACUGCCUGGUUCUCAAAAUUUGCAAAAUGCUGGGACAUCUCUUGGAACUCCGGAAAAGGUUUCAAAUCUGAUUUCAAACAGUCCCAAACAUCCCUCUAUUUUCGGUUCAACUUCUAACACAGAUGAUUUCAUUGAUAUUCAGGAUCCUCCGAAGCUUAAUGGACAAUGCACAACUGUAUCUGUAUUGGAAGGCAUAGAGAAGAGAACUUUUUCUGAUGAUCCUCUGGGUGGAACUCUUCAAACUCCAUCUACUAUUCUGUGUCCUACAAGAGACAGUAUUCCAGCUAUAGCUAGUGGCCCAGAGACUGCAGCGGGAAGGAUGAAAUUGAAUGAUAUUGACUUGAAUAAUGUUUACGAUGAUUCUCAAGACUGUGCAGAAAACCUGGAUAGUUACCAUGCUCCUGUAAAUCCAGGAACAGGGUCUCUUGAUUGCACCGUAUGGGGACAUCAACACUGUCAGAAGUCAAGCCCACCUCAGACUAGUGGGAAUUCAGGUUCCAUGUCCACCCUGUCUCCAUCUAGUUCCAGUGGGGAGACUCAGAGUCGCACAGAUCGAAUUGUUUUCAAACUCUUUGGGAAAGAUCCAAGUGAUUUUCCUCUUGUCUUGCGGAAACAGAUCCUUGACUGGUUAUCCCACAGUCCUACUGACAUUGAAAGCUACAUAAGACCUGGCUGUAUCAUAUUAACUAUCUAUCUUCGAUUAGGGAAAUCCACAUGGGAUGAGCUUUGCUGUGAUCUGAACUCCAGUUUGACUAGUCUUCUUGACGCAUCAAAUGAUUCUUUUUGGAGAACGGGAUGGGUGUAUGCUAGGGUGCAGCAUCGUGUAGCAUUUACUUACAAUGGUCAGGUUGUUUUAGACACACUGUUACCUCGUAAAAGCCAUAAAAAUUGCAGGAUUUCAAGCAUCAAACCUAUUGCAGUUUCAAUCUCCGAGAGGGCUCAAUUUUUAGUUGAAGGCUUCAACCUGUAUCAAUCAACCACAAGGCUACUCUGUGCACUAGAAGGGAAGUAUCUGGUGCAGGAAAGUUGUUCUGACAUGAUGGAGGGAGGUAAUACUUCCAUUGAUCAUGAUGAGAUCCAAUGCCUAAGCUUUUCUUGCUCUAUACCAAAUGUUACUGGGAGAGGAUUCAUCGAGGUUGAGGACCAUGGUCUCAGCAGCAGCUUCUUUCCAUUUAUAGUCGCAGAGCAUGAUGUAUGUUCUGAGAUCUGUAUGCUGGAGAGUGAAAUAGGGGUGGCUGAGAUUGCUGAUGACAUUCAAGCAGAAUCCGAACAAAUGAAUGCCAGGAAUAAUGCACUGGAUUUUAUCCAUGAAAUGGGUUGGCUUCUCCACAGAUGCCAGUUGCAGUUCAGAUUGGGUUCUGCGGAUCCCAAUUUGGAUCUAUUUCCUUUCAAACGGUUCAGGUGGCUCAUGGAGUUCUCCCUUGAGCACAACUGGUGUGCUGUAGUUAAGAAACUUUUGGGCAUUUCAUUCAACGGAACUGUUGAUGCAGGAGAUCAUUCUUCCAUUGAACUUGCAUUGCUGGAGAUGGCUCUCCUCCACAGAGCAGUGCACAAAAAUUGCAGAUCUAUGGUAGAGAUGCUUUUGAGAUAUGUACCCGAUGGAGUUUUGGAUAAACCAGACUCUGAACAGAAGCAGCAUGUGUACAGCAGCUCUAACUUCUUAUUUAAACCAGAUGCCAUUGGCCCAGGGGGUCUGACUCCUCUUCACAUAGCAGCUAGUAGAGAUGGGUCUGAGAAUGUAUUGGAUGCUUUAACUGAUGAUCCUGGAUUGGUGGGAAUUAAUGCAUGGAAGGGGACUCAUGACAGUACAGGAUUGACACCGAAUGAUUAUGCAUGCCUGAGAGGGUACUAUUCCUACAUCAAUCUAGUGCAGAAGAAAAUCAACAAGAAAAAAUCAGGAAAUGAGCACGUAGUGCUUGACAUCCCCGGUGCACUCUUAGCACACAACAUCAAGCAGAAACUAAUGAAUGGGCAUAGGUCGGCAAAGGUUGCUAGCCUUCAUACCGAGAACGGUGAAAUGAAGCCAAUUCAGCGACACUGCAAACUAUGCGAACAGAAAAUGGCAUAUCGCAACCCGAGAGCCUCACUGGCUAUCUACAAGCCGGCAAUGCUUUCAAUGGUGGCCAUCGCUGCUGUCUGCGUAUGCGUUGCUCUGCUCUUCAAGAGCUCACCAGAAGUUCAUUGUGUGUUCCAACCCUUCAGAUGGGAACUUUUGAAGUAUGGGUCAAGCUAAAGAUAGGAAUAGGUUUGCAGUUUCGUCAGUUGUCUGUUGAAUGAUUAUGAUUUGUUUUUGUAUUUUUUUUUUUAUAAUUAUAUUAAUGAGAUAAAUGUAGUAGUAAGUACUGGUGACUUGUAUGGAGAUCUAUCUUUCAGUAGGAAAUGAUUAUGUAUAUCUAUUUUACACCC